AUUCUCUUAUACUUAAGCCCUAACGAGUUUAACCUUAUAGAGCUUCGCCAGUUUCAAUAUCGAAUCGAUCUGACUAUUUCCAUACACACAUCUUAGUACCUGAACUUAAAAAGUUUGUAUCGAUUGUUUCCUAGCAAUUUUCUGACUCACGCCACGCUAGUGUAGGGUAAAACAGUGUAUUUCCAACAAACACGGCGGAAAUAUGUUUUGUUUGAAUUUUGUGCGGUGAAGCUUGAAGAACGGAAAAAGUGUCGGUAAUAACGCAGUCACAUGUAGAAUUCAACGAUGUGCAAUAUGUAUAACCAAUUUCUAGUCACAAUUGCAAUAAUCUUAUUCAAAAACGCCAGCGGUGAAAAAAGUGCAGAAGUAAAAGGCGAUGUGAAAAUAGCGCUACUCUUAGAUAACUGUGUGAAUUCGAGCGAUCCCUACAGGAUCCAAUCUUUGAUUGCCAGUUCCGUUUCUACAACAGAUCGUAUAAAUUUGCUGGAAACUCUGGCACCACUAAAACUGGGACUCAGUGUACAUGAAAUUUGCUCCGAAAGUGACUACUACAAAACUAUCUUCGAUUUGUACAUGCAAGAAGACGACUACUUAAUCGGUAUCAUAUAUGACAAGGAGCUGCCUGAAAAAGUGUUGAAGUUUUCUAGUGUUCUGGACAUUUGGACGACACCCACCACCAAGUUCAGUCAUUAUUUGGUGAAGGCCUCUGUUCAGUUUCUGAGUGUUAUAGGGUGGAUAGACAAUGUAACUGUAGUGGCACCAGAUGAAAAGAUUAUGAAUGAGUUCUACGCACAAUCUAAAAGAGAGGAUAUUUGUAUCACGGAAUGUAUUAUAUUUGAAGACACCUGUCCACAAACGAUGAACAUCUCAUCCCCAAUUGUGUUUUUUGGUACAUUGAACCAUAUCUACCAAUUUUUAAAGAAUCAAGAAUUCCAAUGGACUGAUGAUCAAGAAGCUUUAUUUGUACCAUUAGAUGGAUCUAUGCCAACAGAUUUGCCACUGAACAGUUAUGUCAUAAUCCCACCACACGUAACACCAACCAAAGCUAUCAGCAUAUCAGAAAACAUUUUACCAACUCCCAUACUCUUCGAAGUAGCUAAGCCCAUACUAGCCUAUACAAAAAAUAUUGAGAAAUUCAUUACAGACAAUUGUAAUGAAACAAUUUAUAAAAUAAAUUGCUUGAGGAGUAGGUUCCACAAAAAAUAUCACUCAGUCUUCCUGACAGCAAGUGGUAUCAUGGAAAGUUUGAGGAUCGAACCACUGAGGCAAAGUUUCGUUUAUAAUAUCUAUAAAGUUGAGAAUGACACUAUGAACCCCAUCAUGAUCAUCUCAAACAACACUUUCUCCCAACCAAUGACCAAAAUAUUCUCUUAUAGUAUUUUUGACCACAACAUAAGCUCAACUCGAAAUUUCGAGAUUAACAAUAUGACUAGGAAUACUGAGAGGAAAUGCGUGAGCUACAAUGCCAAACCCAGGUAUAUCCUCGAUGAUUCUCUAGAUAUAAACUUCCGCUCUGAAUCAUGGGUGUAUGCAUUUCUCUCCCUGUCACUUCUUGGCGUAGUAUUCUGCAUAUCUAUCCUCAUCUUCCUUCUUGUCUGCAUCUACAGAAAAGACAUCCUUGAAGGCAACCCUGUCUUAACAUUAGCUCUUCUACUAGCCAUAAUGAUUCUUUUCUGCUCAGUACUACCAUUUAGUCUCGAGCAUAAUAUUACUUCGAGAAUUCCCUUCUGUUUAGCAAAACCUCUGGCUGUAACUCUCGGGUAUGCUUUUGUCUUCUCACUCUUGCUUUCAAGAUGUAUUCUUCUAGCGACAGCAUCCAAGGAAAUCGGGUUCAUGUCACACAUUGCUGGGCCUGUUCAGUCCUUCCUCUGCUUGUUCAUUUUUGGGGUGCAAGCAGCUCUCAGCCUCCAAGUCAUUGGUAGAUGCCACGAAAUAUUCCGGAACGGUUCUUUCGUAUACCUCAUGAGCUAUAAUGUGAUGCUACUUUUACUUCUACUAUGCCUUUGUCCACUAAUCUACAAAUGUCAAAGGAACUACCGUGAGGGAAAAUAUUUUACUAUUGGAAUCAUACUGACUACGUGUUUAUGGAGUGUUUGGUUACCAUUGUAUACCCUUCUGGAGGAUGAAUGGAGGGACCCUAUGCUGUGUUUUGGUUUGGUGGGCACAGCAGGCAUAUUUCUUGGUACAGUAUUCAUCCCAAGAACUUACUUGAUGACUAUAGCUGCUGCAAGGGAUAAAAUUGCUAGCACCCUGCCUUCCAUGGCCACUGCUACUAGUACUAUGGACAUAUAUCGAGCUAAUAACCAUCCUAUUUACGAUUGUGUCAAUGUAGCGGCAAUAAACGCAGUGACUGUUGCCAGGGCUGGAAUUACAGCUACGUCUAUGCAGCACCCGGACCUGUACUCUUGUCCAGCGUUGCCAGAUGAUGAAGAGUUUGAUUUCCGUUGUGAUACACCGCCAUGCACUGAUAAGGUCACUAAAUUUUAAUCGGGAUCUUUGACAAUAUUCAGGAACUUCUGAUUUCAGCUAUGAUUUCAGAUAUUCAUCGUCUCGAAGAGAGAGGUUUAUAGUGGGAUACAGUCUUCAACUUGUCAAGUUUGAUAGUGAUAAAUGUAUACAGCAUGUUUCAUCGAUCUUGGAUGAAAUAUUUUCAUUAUAAAACAUCAGAUAUACUUCCCCAAUUUAAUUACCUAUAUAUAUUUAUGUGACUCCGAUUGGGUAUUGAAAGUGUGCAAAAUACAUUGUUAAAACUAGACACAAAUUAGAAAGUUACAAUCCCUUCAUAUCAUCUAUAAUACUAUCAGUAAAUUAUUCGAGUCAAAGUAUUUCAGGGCAGUAUUCAAUUCACUAUUUGAAAAAAUAAUUGCACCUAUGAAGAAAUGUACUCAGGUAGGUGCCAGUUAUCAGUGGUAUUAGUGGCCAGAAAUACUACAACAGCUUUGUGUACAUAGGCAAUUAUUAUUCUUUGCAUUUCCGAAAAUCAUAUAGCAACGAUAGAUUCAACAAAUUGUUUAGACUCUUCAGUUUAUCUCAACUCAGAUAUUCCGUCCAAAUGUAGGUUUUCAAAUAGGUUUCACAUAAUACUAAG